CGGAAGCAACAAAAAGGCCCGCUUCUCCGACAUCAACAUCAGUUGUUUUGACCUUCACAGUUUACAGCGGAUCUGACAAAACAAAUUUUAUAACAACUGUUAAAACGAUGCAAGAAAAUAGUUCCGGAAUACCACACACUACUAUUUCAAAUAAACUGCAUAAUUCAACUUCUGUUUUACUAGCAUUGACAACAUCUGUCCCACCAAGUACAACUGCAGAAUCAAUUGUAUCUACAGUCGGCAGAUCCGAAACGACUGACACAAUAAUGUUGUCAUCGACAGCAGACUAUAAAGAAAGUACCAAUGACAACAAAACCACAACUUCUGAGGCAGUAGAUGUGACUAUAUCUCGGCCUUACACAAGUAUAGUAUCAACAGAUAUUAUCUCAAGUAUAACGGAAGCAACAAAAAGGCCCGCUUCUCCGACAUCAACAUCAGUUGUUUUGACCUCCACAGUUUACAGUGGAUCAGACAAAACAAAUUUUAUAACAACUGUUAAAACGAUGCAAGAAAAUAGUACCGGGAUACCAUACAUCACUACUUCAAAUGAAUUGCAUAAUUCAACUUCUGUUUUGCAAGGUCAUAUUGAAUUGUGCCCUAAGAGAAUACAGCAUCUCUCGAAGCAGCCCGGAGAACUGAUAGCACAGUUAGGAAAGAAUUGCUACGAGAUUGUUCAGGCAGCUGUAUCCUGGUCUCAUGCUGAGUCAAACUGCAAAAGUAAUGGAGGGCAUCUGAUACAUAUUGCUAACCAACAGGAACAAGACUUUAUCAACAACUUUCUUGUUAAACAUCAUAGUCAUGAAGUAUGGUUAGGUCUACACGAUAGAAAUCAAGAAGAAAAUUUCGAAUGGACGUCAGGUAACACCAUAACGUACACAAAUUGGAAGCCUGGGCGAAAAGAUUACAGGUAUCACAAUUCCGAGGAUUGUGUUUAUAUGUCACCAUCGACUGGGCAGUGGGAUGAUGUACAAUGUGGUGGUGAUACUUCGUUGUCAGAACUCUUUCAUAUACGUCAUGCGUAUAUAUGUCAAUAUGCUACAGUUGAUGCGGCAACUUCCGACGGUAACAUAAAUAUGUGUUCUUAUAACCUUCAUCAGCAAGCAGAGAGAGACAGAGGCGUUCUUGGACAGUAUGACCAUAGUUGUUACGAAAUCGUUCCAAAUGCUAAGGUUGCUUGGCAACAUGCUGAAGACAUAUGUCAUAGUAGAGGAGGUCAUCUUGUCUACAUAAGUAGUCUACAAGAACAAGCAUUUAUCCAAAGAUUUCUGAACAGAUAUUCUCCAAGCCAUGCUGUUUGGAUUGGCCUUUCAGACCACAACUCGGAGGGACAUUUUCAGUGGACAUCAGGAGCUCCUGUGCACUUUACAAAUUGGGUACCACAUCACAUGUCCAAUUAUGUCAGUUCUAGUCAAGAAGAUUGUGUUGCAUUUAUGCCAUAUAAAAACGGACAAUGGGAUGAUAUACCAUGCGGAAGCACACACCAUUCCAUAUUUGGCGGAACGUCCUCAUCCGGAGAAAUACAUCCUCUAUUAUGUCAAUACCGUAUUCCAUCUGUCAGUGAACCAUCGUUGAUUGGCUAAAUGGAUUUAGUUAUGUGUCUUAGGAGAAUAUAUUCUGAAAUAAAAUUGAAAAAUAA